CACCCGUGCAUCCAUCAUGUUCCAACGCGCGCUGUCCCAUCCGCCCGCCAGAGUCGGAAGCCGGGACAUCGUCUCGCAGAUUGCGAGAGGAAAAUACGUUUGCUCAAACUGCGCCCGCGCAGCAGCAGCAUCACCAAAGCGCGUGCCAGCCUUAACGAACCAGAUCGCCAAACGACAAUAUGCGACAAGACGUCCAGCGCCGUCGACUCGCGAUCGCCUCGAUGAGCGAAAGCCUCGCCUGGCUGGUUCCAAAGUACAAGCACCUGCACGACCUACGGAACUGACGCUAGACGAUGUGGUGAACAAUCUCAAAGAAUAUCCACUGGAUGGCCUCGAGGAAGACCGAGUUCGGGCAUUUUGCGAGAGGGUGCUGGCCAUUGACGAAAAAGCCUCGAGGCUUCGACAGCCAGUUGACGGACGGAAGCUCAUAGCUUGUAUAGACGAAUUCAAACUCUCUCGCAAUGCUAGCAUGGUUCAUUGGUUAUUGAGGCUGUCGAACGGCAAUAUCAGGCCGCAAAUGGCAGAACGCUGCUUACAGGCCCUCUCGGAGGCUGGCAUGGAAGCAGCAAUUUUUCUGCUUUUGAAUCGUGCGUUAUUAAGGGCAGAGGACGGUCACAAUACUUUCGAAGAAUAUGGUGUGAAAAAAGCUCGCCGCAAGGCUGCAGAAUACAUGAAUCGCAGCAAAGAUUGGCACGUGGGAUCCGAGAAAAGUCGCAUGGAUUGGCGUGCGGAACGUCGCUGGGGCGUUUAUUAUCAAUACAUGUUCCAUUGUAUGGAAGGAAGGAUCGAACAUAAGCUCGGCAACACCGAUCGUGCUAUCCAUCUGCUCGAACGGGCAGUGGAAUUUGAAGACCUUACCGACUGGGGUGGCCGCAGAGAUGAAGCCGAUAUGUACGAAUUCGACAUCUAUAUGCCUUGGCAAUUCCUUGCCGAAAUAUAUAAUGAGCGAUACCAGACUUCAGGGUCGCCUGCCGAUGCAGAUGGAAUCAGGAAGCACACUGAAUACGGUUGUAAAAAGGGAGAUCCAAUAUCACAUUGGCAGGCCGCCGAGUUCAACAAAGUGCACACUUCAAAGGGUUACCACGUACCGACGAGCAAAUGGUUCUAUUACUGCUCGAAGGCGGCAGCAUCGGGUCAUCUUCAGGCAGCAUAUAGCCUCGCGAAUUUCUACCGCGACAGCGGCUGGAGAUAUCUGGAAGAUGAUCCGCCCGACUACGUCAAACCCACGCCCUUUGACCACAAACCUUCCGAGGAAGGGUCAUCGGCCUCUCGCGGCCCCUUUGGAAACGUCCGCGAGUUUCUCCGCUGGCUCGUUACCAAACCCGAAGGAUUCGGUAAAUUCGAGAAGAUCAAAGAACCCCACGAGGCCCUUUUCUACACCGCCGUCUAUCCCUCCACAGCCGCCGAGCGCAUGCGGCUAGCCAUCGAAUGGCUUGGGGUGGCCAUCGACUUCCACUUCGCCCCAGCCUACCUCGUCAAGGCCAAGAUCCACCUAGAGGAGACCCUCUGGCACGCCGCGAAUGCGCCCGCCACCGCCCUCUCCGUCUCCGACUCGCGCUACGACGGAUCCGAGACCUCCUCUGCGGAGGUGGAGGAGGACCCCAACCCGUACUACAGCAAGGAAGCCGCACGCGAGAGCCUGCGCGAGGUCUUCCGGGCCUGUCGCAUGGGCGAGCAGAAGCGGUGGGCGGACCGCGAGUAUCUGAAGAACUUCUCGCGAUCCAACACCAACCGGGUGGUCCACGACCACCAUCUGUGGGUUGCCGCGCACCGAGAGAACCCGGAACAAGCCAAGUUCUUCCUGGACUCGACCGUGUGGGAUCAGUUCGAGAAGGACCUCGAGAAGUUGGAGGAGGACGCCAAGAUGCUCUGUCGCGAGCACAACCUGGAUUUGUAUGAGACGGAUGGGCUGGUGAUCUAUGAAGGUGGCAAGGAGAAGGAGAAGCUGGAGGCGCAGGAGGAGGCGAAGAGGAAGAAGGAGGAGGAGCGGAUGGCAAAGGAGAAGAUAGUUAGUCAAAGGAAAGAGAACGAGAAGAAGUUGGAGGAUAGGCUCGAAAGGGAGAAGCGGGAGAAGAGGAGGAUGCAGCUAUCGAAGACGGACGAAAAGAGGAAGAAAGGGUCGAAUGAGAGACGAUGAUCCCUGUGUAAUAUGUUGUACUUUUACCGAUCGACCUGGAUGGUCCUCAUUCGAAAGAUUCCAAUCAAUCAUCUCGUUGGUCAAGGUCCAUGACAUUGAAGGGUCUAAACCUCUAGGAACGCGAUGCAUCACAACUCUGACGUAGCUCUCGUCCGUCCCCGAAACUCCAUUUCCUUUCACACAAAUACAGUCUCCUCUCCCGUUCCGAGAAAAUUAGAAGCCCAUCACAAAAAAUAUAUCCCUAUCAACACACGCACAACCCUGGAAUCCAUUGAAAACCCCCUCAAUCAUCCCCAUUGACCGCCGCGAAGCCCGCCGAUCUGCCCGCCGAACUUCGCGCUCCCUCCGAGACCUGCCCUCUCCUCGACCGCGAUCCGCCCCGCGAUUUCGGCGCCGCCGCCGCCGCCUCAACAGCCUCCUCGCCGUCCUCGCCGCCUUCCUCUUCGCCCAUCUCGACGUCUUCACCACCAGCGUU